GGACCCCCCCAAUCCCCUCCUCAGCCUCUGCCCGGCCACCACGGGGACCCCCGGGGCCGGGGGGUGCCGGGGGGCUGCGGGGGGCCCCCCCCAUGCCAGGGGGCCACUGUGCCCGUGGGGGGGGCGUGGCUCAGGGCCCCGUGCCCCCCCCCGCCUCCCUGCGCCCCAACACGGAGGAGCUGCCCCCCGAGAGCGGCCAGGAGCCCCCGCCGGACCCCCCCACCAGCACCCAUGGGUGCCAGCCGGGGGGGCCGGGGAGCCGCGGGGACGCGCAGCGCCUGGCCGCCCGCCUCUUCCACCUCGACGGCUUCAAGAAGUCCCAGGUGGCCUCGUUCCUCCGCAAAAACAAUGAGUUCAGCAGCCUGGUGGCCCAGGAGUACCUGGAGCGCUUCCAGUUCGCGGGGCAGGCGCUGGACCGGGCGCUCCGGACCUUCCUGCAGGCGCUGGUGCUGACGGGCGAGACGCAGGAGCGCGAGCGCAUCCUGGGCCACUUCUCGCGGCGCUUCCAUCACUGCAACCCUGGCGCUUUCCCCUCGCCUGACGCCGUGCACUCGCUGACGUGUGCCAUCAUGCUGCUGAACACGGACCUGCACGGGCCGCGCCUCGGCCGUGCCAUGACCAGCGGCGAGUUCGUGGCCAACCUGAGCGGGAUGAUGGAUGGGCAGGACUUCCCCAAGGAGAUGCUGAAGGCGCUGUACAACUCCAUCCGCACCGAGAAGCUGGAGUGGGCGGCGGAUGAAGAAGAGGAGGAGGGAGAGCCCGGGGGGGGCCCCGCGCCCACCCGGAAGAGCAGCACCCACUUCGUGGAGCUGCCGCGCCAGGACGGCGCCACCACGUACCGCCAGGGCUGGCUGGCGCGCAAGGUGCUGGCCGAGGCUGACGGCAAGAAGGCACCCUGGGGCCGGCGGGGCUGGAAGCCCUUCCACACGGUGCUGAAGGGGACGCUGCUCUACUUCCUCAAAGCGGGGACCCCCCGCCGGGGGCCCGACCCCCCUGGGACCCCCCCAGCAGAGGCUGAGGAGCCCCUGGGGGUCCACCACGCCUUGGCCGAGCGCGCCAGCAAGUACACCAAGCGCCCCCACGUCUUCCGCCUGCAGACGGCCGACCAGCGCGUCCUCCUCUUCCAGGCCCCGAGCGAGGAGGAGAUGUCCUCGUGGAUCUCCCGCAUCAACCUGGUGGCCGCCCUCCUCUCCUCGCCCCCUUUCCCCGCCGCCGUGGGCUCCCAGCGCCGCUUCGCCCGGCCCAUCCUGCCCGCCGCGCCCAGCCGCAGCCCCCCGGAGGAGCAGCACCGAGCCCAUGAGGCGUGGAUGGAGCGCGUGGCCCAGGAGCUCUUCGAGCACCAGCGCAACCUCCCCGAGAAGCGGGGCCGAGCCCGCGACCUGGACGAGUACCGGGUGAAGAAGGAGUACCUGCUGUACGAGAGGCGCCGCUACGAGACCUACGUGCAGGUGCUGGAGACGUGGAUCAACUCCGGCGCCCAGGACCUGGAGGGCUGGGAAGCGCAGGCGGGGGCCGUGGCGGCCCCCCUGGAGCCCCCCAACCUCACCAAGGCUCACUCCAGCCCCUCGCUGGCCCCCGAAAGCGCCCCCCCGGCUGGCGUCCGGGUCAAACGCAACAUUUCCGAGCGCCGCACCGUGCGUAAGGUCAUCCCCAAGCGCAACAAGAACCUGCUGUGACGGGGUCGGGGACCCCCCCCCCCUUCCUCUUUUGAAGACCACCCCCCGAUUUAGGGUUUGGGGGAAACCCCUCCCAACUUUGGGAAUGCCCCCCCCAACCUUGGGAAUGCCCCCCCACCGCGGUACGAGGGUCCUCGGGGCACCACCGGCAACAAGGGGGUGCCCCCCCACCCAGGAUCGAGGACUCAAACUCAGGGAGACCCCCCCCGUGUCCUGGGGGAGGACAUGGGGGGGGUUGGGGGGGGCCUGGCCCCCCCCCCCCCCCAGCUUGGCUGCCUUGCCCCCCAGCUGUGCGCCCGCUGCCUGCUGCUGUCGGUCACGUCGUCUCGAGGAGACGGCGCCGUGCAAUAAACGUGUGUCACAC